CCACCUAGCGACAAUUAAACCGAUGAGCAAUUCACUAACUGACCGUCAGGUGGCAAACGGAGGCGCCAACAAUGCUUUCUUUGAAUAAUAUUCGAAUCAGCCUAUCAAAAAUCUCUUUUCCAACGGACUUAAAACGGAUUGCCAUAAGUAUGUUAACUAAAUGUUCUCAUGCAUUUACCAGUCCAUUUUUCAUCAUUUGCCACGUAAUGACGCCCAUUGUUGAAGCAAGCCACUUAGCCAGGAAUUCUAAGCUGUCAUCAAUCCUACAGCUGUACUGUAAUGCAUGUUUUGUAGAUGGUGAAUCUCAAGUGAAACUAAGAACUUUGAGUCGUCAUUAUAUAUUAUUGACUAUCGUUUCCAAUUUUGAUAAUGGUUUUUGUUUCUGGAUGAUACAUUUCAAGUACUCGCCUGAGCUCUCUUCCUUUCUGUGCCCCUAUCUAUCUAUGGUUUAAUAAUCCU